AUGUCAAGCUCUACUUAUCCAAAGGUUAAAGUUGCUGCUGUUCAAGCUGCCCCAGUUUAUCUCGAUUUAGAAGCCACUAUUGAAAAAAGUGUCAAAAUUAUUGAAGAAGCUGCUUCCAAUGGGGCUAAUUUAGUUGCUUUUCCCGAAGCUUUUGUCCCUGGAUAUCCUUGGUUUGCUUUCAUCGGACACCCAGAGUAUACAAGAAAGUAUUACCACCAAUUGUAUAAGAAUGCUUUAGAAAUUCCAAGUCCAGCAAUUCAAAAGAUUUCCAAUGCUGCUAAGGAAAACAAUAUCUUUGUUUCUAUCUCAGGUUCUGAAAAAGACGGGGGUAGUUUAUAUUUAGUUCAAUUGUGGUUUGACAACAAGGGUAACUUGAUUGGAAAACAUAGAAAAGUUAGACCAUCAGUUGCUGAAAGAUUAAUCUGGGGUGAGGGAUGCGGAUCUUUAAUGCCAGUUAUGAAAACUGAGAUUGGUAACUUGGGAGGACUUAUGUGCUGGGAACAUCAAGUUCCAUUGGAUGUUGCUGCUAUGAACAAUCAAAAUGAGCAAAUCCAUGUUGCUGCUUGGCCAGGAUACUUUGAUGAUGAAGUUUCUUCUCGUUACUAUGCCAUCUCAACUCAAUCAUUUGUGGUUAUGACUUCUUCAAUUUAUAGUGAAGAGAUGAAACAAAAGAUUUGUGAGAGUCCAGAACAAAGACAAUACUUUGAUACUUUUAAGAGUGGUCAUACUUGUAUUUAUGGUCCAGAUGGGGAACCAAUUUCCGAAAUGAUUCCACCUGAAGUUGAGGGUAUCGCCUACGCAGAAAUUGAUAUUGCCAGAACUAUUGAUUUUAAGUACUACAUUGAUCCAGCUGGCCACUAUAGUAACAAAUCAUUAAGUGCUACUCACAAUGUUUCAGAUACUAGAGCUAUUAAGCAAGUUGGAACUGCUCCUUCACAGUUCAUUGGCUAUGAUGAUUUGAACAAGGUUGAAUCUAUUUAG